AUGAACAAAGGCCGUCCAGAUAUCAGGAUGGAGAUGCCAGAUGAAUUCUUCAUCCCCAUUCCUCUGGAAACCACUAACAUUUCUUCUGUAAGCCCGUUCCUGGUACCCCAAACACAUCUCGGGUCCCCAGGCAUCUUCAUGAGCAUGUCGGCCUUCAUGUUGUUCACCAUCAUUUUUGGCUUCCCCCUCAAUGUCUUGACCGUCAUCUGCACUAUCAAGUACAAGAAGCUGCGUUCCCACCUUAACUACAUCUUAGUAAAUCUGGCUGUAGCCAACCUCAUGGUGAUCUGUUUUGGUUCCACCACUGCCUUUUACACCUUCUCUCAAAUGUACUUCUCCUUGGGAACCUUGGCAUGCAAAAUCGAAGGAUUCACGGCCACUCUGGGAGGAAUGGUCAGCCUAUGGUCUCUGGCUGUCGUGGCCUUUGAAAGAUUCAUCGUGAUCUGUAAACCUAUGGGGAGCUUCACAUUCAGAGAGAGCCAUGCGGUUAUGGGUUGCAUCUUCACCUGGGUGAUCUCGUUUGUGGCGGCUGUUCCCCCAUUGCUGGGCUGGAGCAGAUACAUCCCCGAAGGCCUCCAGUGCUCCUGUGGACCAGACUGGUAUACUGUCAAUAACAAGUGGAACAAUGAGUCUUAUGUCCUUUUCAUGUUCUGCUUCUGCUUUGGAUUCCCCCUGACAGUCAUUGUGUUUUCCUAUGGGCGUCUGCUUCUCACCCUUCAUGCUGUUGCCAAGCAACAGGAACAGUCAGCCACCACACAGAAAGCUGAACGAGAAGUGACCAAAAUGGUCAUUAUGAUGGUCUUUGGGUUCUUGGUGUGCUGGCUCCCCUAUGCAUCCUUCGCUUUGUGGGCCGUAACACAUCGUGGAGAAGAAUUUGACCUGCGCAUGGCCUCCAUCCCCUCUGUAUUUUCAAAGGCCUCCACGGUUUACAACCCAUUUAUUUACAUUUUCAUGAACAGACAGUUCCGAUCCUGCAUAAUGAAGCUUAUCUUCUGUGGAAAGAAUCCAUUGGGUGAUGAUGAGGAUGCGUCUGCUUCUGGGUCUACCCAGGUUUCUUCAGUGUCCAGCAGUCAGGUGGCUCCGGCAUAAUGCCAACCGCAUCUGGCCACUGUUUUGU